AUGGCUCGAGGUCCGGACGCUGACGAGCGAGUCCCGCUGCUUUCAAAUUUCAACACAAACUCGAAAGCCGACGAUGCCCGCCCCAAGAAGGCAGCCCGAUGGUUGGCUCGCCAUGCCGUUGUCAUAUUCAUGAGCCUGUUGCUUUUGGCUAUUAUCAUUGUUCUAUGCGUCUUCUUUGGAACCUAUCGCUCCAAGAAAACGCCCUCCAAAUCCUCGGUCUGCGUAACUCCUGCAUGCAUUCAUGCUUCCUCUGAAAUCCUCUACAACCUAUCGCCCGACUACAAGGAUAUAGACCCCUGUGAUAACUUUGAGGACCUGGUAUGUGGAGGAUGGGGCGACCGUCAUGAUCUUAGACCAGAUCAAGGAGAUGCCUUUACUGGUACUAUCAUGCAGGAGAACUCUCAAAUGCUACUGAGGCACAUUUUAGAGGCGCCCUACCCAGAGGAAUCGAAGCAUUCGAGCUUCUCCCCUGCGCAGCUACUUACUACCCUCUCCUCAGUCGACCAGCAGAACUUCGGCAAAUUGAAAGCCGCGUAUGAUGCAUGCAUGGACGAAGACACAAUCAAGAAUGUGGGGCCGAAGCCAUUACAGGAGAUUCUUCACCAAGUCGCAGAUCUCUAUCCUUCCACGGAGUCAGCACUCCGCAGAAGAACCCCCAUCAGUGCCGAGGAUAGCAAGGAUUUGGGCACCACGAUGACAUAUCUUACGAAAUUAGGUAUCCCGGCACUGCUUUCGUUCGGCGCUGGCGCGGAUGAUAAGAAUCCGGAUUCUGUCGCUGUCCAGGCAUCACCUCCCUGGAAAAUUGGUCUCCCUGCAAAGGAGCUGUAUAGCGAUACAGCUGUGAUUCAGAAGUACGAGGAUGUCAUUGCGGAGGUUCUGGCCAUGCUUCAUCCUGACCAUUCCCAUGAAAAUGUAACACUUCAUGCCCAAUUGAUAAAAUCCAGUGGUUAUGGCAAAAUCGCGUCGAUAGGUCAUAGCCAGGAAUUUGCCCAUGAAAUUGUGGAAUUCGAGAAGAAAUUGGCAGCAGCAUCUCCAGAUGCAGAGGACGCCGUUGAUGUUACAAAAUACUACAACCCGAUGUCUAUUAAAGACGCAGACGCACUUACUCCACAGAUUCAUUUAGCGAUGAUUGUCAAGGAGCUCGAACCAGCCGAUGUCAAAACAAACCGUAUCAUCGUAGCUUCACCUUCCUAUCAGAAGAACCUUACAAAAAUCCUGUCGAGCUCUUCCAAAGAGGUCUUGCAGACAUAUUUCAUGUGGAAAGCAAUUCAGGCAUUUUCUUCGAUGGUCGAAUCAGAGGCACUUCUCCCUUACACGAAAUUUGUGAAUGAGCUUCAAGGCAAGGACGCCGAUUCCACCCAAGAUCGUUGGAGGACCUGCGUUGGACAUGUUGAUGAUGGACUUGGUUGGAUUCUGAGCCGAUUCUUCGUAGAGAAAGCAUUCUCAGAGAAGGCAAAGAAGCUUGGUGACCAAAUCGUGUCUGACAUUAAAGAGACUUUCAUUGAAAAGCUCAGGAAGACGGAUUGGAUGGACAAGAGCGUCAUUGAUCUGGCGAUCGAGAAGGUCCACAAAAUCGUUCAAAAAAUCGGCUACCCGACGAAGAGCCCAGAAAUCAUGGAUCCUUCAGCUUUACAUACUUACUACCAAACGAUCAACAUCACGCCGACUACAUUCUUCCAGAACGCUCUUUCUAUGAGCCGUUUCCAAGUCGCCCACGAAUGGUCCAGCCUGGGAAAGCCAGUUGACCGUGAUGAGUGGGGAAUGACUGUCCCAACGGUCAAUGCUUACUAUAACCCACCCGGGAACGAGAUUGUCUUUCCUGCCGGUAUCAUGCAGUUUCCCGUUUUUGAUGCAUCGAUCCCACAGUAUGUGAGCUAUGGUGCGUUUGGCUCCGUCUCCGGACACGAGCUCUCCCACGCUUUCGACUCCACAGGCCGUCACUAUGACCAGAACGGAAACUACACAGACUGGUGGACUAAUAACACAGUUGAGGGGUUUGAAACGCGCGCAGAAUGCUUCAUUGACCAGUAUCAUAAGUACACCGUUCCAGGUCCUGAUGAAAGACGAUUGCACGUCAAUGGAAAACUCACUCUUGGUGAGAACAUUGCCGACGCUGGAGGCAUCACAGCCGCUUUCGGUGCGUGGCAGAAGCGCCGAGCAGAAACCCCCAACCAAGAUCUCCCGGGCCUGGAUUUCUUCUCCCAAGAACAACUCUUCUUCGUCAGCUAUGCCAAUUGGUGGUGCGGGAAGAGCAGAAAGGAGACGGCUAUCAACCGCAUCUAUACGGAUCCUCAUGCUCCUAAGUGGGCAAGAAUUCUGGGAACGAUGGCAAACUCGAGGGACUUCAAGGACAGUUUCAAAUGUAUGGAUAAGAAGCCUACAUGUGAGCUUUGGUGA